AUGGAUGUCGAAAUGCAACAAUCCCCACCUGCCCCUCCAGCGGAUGGUGAACCGAAGUAUGGCGGUUUUAGCCGUUUUGAGAUCGAGCUCGAGUUCGUCCAAUCCCUCGCGAACCCCUUCUACCUCAACCACCUCGCCUCCCAAAAGCUCCUGAACGAACCAGCCUUUAUCGCCUACCUCUCCUACCUGCGCUACUGGACCCGACCGCCCUACAUCAAGUACCUAAACUACCCCGGUCCAACCCUCAAGCACCUCGAGCUUCUCCAAGAAGAGCGUUUCCGCCAGGAAAUCAUCAGCCCCGAACUGGUACAAGCUCUAGCUGCGGAGGGAACCAAGGCUUCGACAUUUUGUUCGUCGCGGUCUGCCCGCCAGGGUUCCGAUGAUUCUUUGGAGGCGAGGCAGGGUUCCCCGAGUGAAGCUACAACUGUGACACUUACUGCAGCUAUGAGAGAAGCUUCUAAGACACCUUUGCCGGAGACGCCUCAGCAGAGUCCUACGAAAACUGAUACGCGUGGGGAGGACGUUGCGACAGCGAAGUAG